AACCAGCUGGCAAUGAGCACCAGCAAGUUUCCGUCCACUCUAAUUUUGGGACACGCAGUCAGCCUCACAGCUCAUUCACGUUCUGAAAUCUGAAUCAAUCAACUUUGAAACAAAGUUAAUCAUCUCCCACAGACAACGUAGGAAAAGAAAAGAAUGGGGAGAGGGGAAGAAGCAGCGGAAGGAGUAAUGGCCACAGACUUCUUCUGGUCCUACACAGACGAGCCCCACGCCAGCAGGCGCCGCCAGAUUCUCUCUCAGUACCCUCAGAUCAAGGACCUCUUUGGCCCCGACCGCUGGGCUUUCCUCAAGAUAGCUUUGGCUGUUGUUCUUCAACUAUGGACUGCUACCUUGCUCCAAAAUGCUGGUUGGCUGAAGAUACUAGCAACAGCCUACUUCUUUGGCUCUUUUCUCAACCACAACCUAUUCUUAGCCAUCCAUGAACUCAGCCAUAAUCUUGCCUUCUCAACUCCAGUCUACAACCGUUGGCUCGGGAUUUUCGCUAACCUCCCAAUUGGUGUACCCAUGUCUGUCACCUUUCAAAAAUAUCACCUUGAGCAUCACCGCUUCCAAGGAGUAGAUGGCAUUGAUAUGGACGUCCCAAGCAAUACUGAAGCACAUCUUGUGACAAAUGCUGUUGCCAAAAGCAUAUGGGUCAUAUUCCAACUCUUCUUCUAUGCCCUGCGUCCUCUAUUUCUGAAACCAAAACCUCCUGGUUCUUGGGAGUUCAUCAACUUAUUUGUUCAGAUAGCCCUUGAUGCAGCCAUGGUUUACUUUUGGGGCUGGAAAUCUUUUGCCUAUUUGAUCCUUUCCACAUUCGUUGGGGGUGGUAUGCACCCAAUGGCUGGUCACUUCAUUUCGGAACAUUAUGUGUUCAAUCCUGAACAGGAGACAUAUUCUUACUAUGGCCCCCUGAAUCUAAUGACAUGGAGUGUCGGGUACCACAACGAGCACCAUGAUUUUCCCAGAAUUCCUGGGAGCAAGCUUCACAAGGUAAAGGAGAUUGCGCCAGAGUAUUAUGAGGGUUUAGAGUCAUAUAAAUCUUGGAGCCAGGUUAUUUACAUGUAUGUUAUGGACAGAACAGUUGGGCCAUUUAGCCGAAUGAAGAGAAAGGAAAAGAACUCUGAAUAGGUGUUUUCAUUUUUACUACUUUUUCCAUUUUUUUUUUUUUGUUUUCUUUGCCAGGGUUGGUAAUGGUUUCUACUUUUGCAAUUUGAUAUUUAUUUGUAACAUUUUUGAGAAGUGCUGUAGUUUUAGGCUGAACAGAGUCAGUCGUUGGUUCAUUCAUUAACAUUGCAGAAAGAACAGUUCGGGUAUUGAUUUAUGUAGUUAUUGUUAAGGCUUGGGUUGUA